UUGACGAAACGUCAAGUGAAUCUGGAAUCAGGGAAUCAAAAUAACAAACAUCGUACAAUUCGUACAUAUCUUGUUCAUAAGAUCAAUUAUAAUAAGUGAAUAGGCAGUUUAUUAGGUCUAUUUUAUUUACUAUUAACAGAUUGGAAAGGUAAACUACAUAAAUCAUCACCAUGCAGUGUCAAUUGUGGAUGGGUAGUUUGGAACCAAACAUGACUGAGAGCUUUAUUUUGGCCGCUUUUCAUAGGAUGGGUCAAAGGCCAUUAGCUGUUAAAGUCAUGAGAAAUAAAUUCACAGGUGAACCGGCGGGUUAUGCUUUCGUUCAUUUUCAGACUGACGAAGAAGCUAUUGAUACAAUGCACAAGUUGAAUGGCAAACCCAUUCCGGGAACAUUUCCAGUUGUGAGAUUCAGACUUAAUACAGCUUCAAGGGAAGCCAGAGCUAAUAUGCAACAGGAAAGAGAAUUUUCUGUCUGGGUUGGUGACCUCAGCCCAGAUGUUGAUGACUAUUCGUUAUAUAGGGUAUUUGCAUCAAAGUAUUCAUCUAUUAAGACAGCAAAAGUAAUAUUAGACAAUGCCGGUUAUACUAAGGGGUAUGGUUUUGUACGAUUUGGAAAUGAGGAAGAACAGCGGAAUGCAUUAUAUGCAAUGAAUGGGUAUACUGGCCUCGGGUCAAAACCACUGAAAAUAUGUACUGCAGUACCAAAACCUAAAAGUGCUGUGACAACACCCAGCACUACAUCUAGUACUGCAACAAAUCCCACUUAUACAACUGGAGCGGAGUACAACCAAUAUUAUGAUCCGUCAGCCUAUUGGCAAAAUUAUUCAGCGUGGUCUGGCUACUAUGGGCAGGGGGACGCGAGCGCGGCGGUGCAGGCGGCGCCGGUAAUGGACCCCGCGCAAGCUGUUGCUGCUAAAGCUCAGAGCGAUGAAUUAGCGCUCGUUGAACACAAACGACCAAUUGACAUUGAUGAGAUGAAUCAAGAAUUCUUGGACCCCGAGUUAUCGUUGUGGGAUGGACUAGAGUCGUCGCAGUGGUUCCCGCAUGAAGUUAUUGAAGCGCAUUAAUUUUAAAUAAUUUAGUUUUUUUUUUUAUUAAAUUAUAAUAAA